GGUCCGGGCCGAGACCCGCAGCCGGGCCAAAGACGACAUCAAGAAGGUGAUGGCGGCCAUCGAGAAAGUGCGGAAAUGGGAGAAAAAGUGGGUGACUGUGGGUGACACGUCCCUUAGGAUAUUUAAGUGGGUUCCUGUGACGGACAGCAAGGAGAAAGAAAAGUCAAAAUCGAACAGUUCAGCAGCCCGGGAACCUAAUGGCUUUCCCUCUGAUGCCUCAGCCAAUUCCUCUCUCCUUCUUGAAUUCCAGGAUGAAAACAGCAACCAGAGUUCUGUGUCUGAUGUCUAUCAACUUAAGGUGGACAGCAGUACCAACUCGAGCCCCAGCCCCCAGCAGAGCGAGUCCCUGAGCCCAGCGCACACCUCUGACUUCCGCACAGAUGACUCCCAGCCUCCCACUCUGGGCCAGGAGAUCCUUGAGGAGCCGUCUCUGCCUGCCUCGGAGGUUGCUGAUGAACCUCCCACCCUCACAAAGGAAGAACCAGUUCCACUAGAGACACAGGUUGCUGAGGAAGAGGAAGACUCAGGUGCCCCACCCCUGAAACGCUUCUGUGUGGACCAACCUGCCGUGCCGCAGGCAGCAUCAGAAAGCUAGCACCACCCUGGCGCCCUUGGCCUCCUGGCCCCACACCUCUAUUUAUUGCAUUCUGGUUCUGGCUGUGCUGUGUUGCUGGGGUAAGGGCAAGCUCUGGGGUCCAGAGCCUGCACAUAGGAGCCUUCUGAGCUGGAAGGCUGACAUAGGGCUUGGGGUCGCAGCAUCAUCUUUCCAUUCCUGGCACCUUGUCUGCUUGCUCCUGAGAAGAGGAGCACUCAUGUCUUUUUUGCACCCCAAGUAGGCUGGAGCAUCAGCCACCCCAAGGUUCAUCUGUCACCUCCAGGUAGCAGUCUCUGCUCCAGAGCCUCUGGAUGGAGCUGCUGGCGCUUCUGCAAGAGGAAAGAGUUGUGGAAGGCAACCUCUAGAGAAGAGGGUGCCUAGGGCUACUUGAACUUGAAUGGAGACUGUAGAUUCACGGACUUUCCUAUAGGGCGAGGGGCCCUGUAGGCUGCUGUUGGAGAAUGCCUGAGUGGACUUUGGAAGGAAAGGGAAGGGCUUUUCUCUGCACGAGGGCAGAAAAGUCCAUAUAGAUUUCUUGCCGUCCUGACGCUUCUGCCCGUUCCUGAGGUUAUCCUGCCUCAUGGGCUUUCUAGCUGCUGACAGUCCUUUGUCCCCCACCAUAACCAUGCCCUUCCCCCAACACACACACGCAGCUUUCCUGUUUUCACCUGGACAUUUCAUUCCAGCAUCCCUUGCCCCCCACUACGGUCCCCAGCACCCCUGCCACAAACUGCCCCAGCAAGAAUUUAAGGUUCUGACAACAGUACCCAUCCCCACUGUACUCCUUCAGCUCAGACUUUCUAGAAAAGUUCCCUUUUCUUUGAAAUCUGCAUGUUUUGUUGAACUUUGUGAUUUUAUUUUUUGUUUCAAAAAAGUUUAAGAAAAUGGGCAACAGUGAGUGAAGACAUAUUUUAGCACUGAAUAGAAUAUUUUUAAAAUUAAACUAUUUGAAAUAUG